AGUCGCUUUAAUGUGUUAGAAAGUUUUCUCCAUACAAGUUUGUAGACAACUUUGUCACUCCGCGAAAGGGAUUUAAACACAACAUUGCAUUUUCCCAGGAAUAUACAAUUUAUUGUUAUCAAUAAAUAGAAUUUAUUGAAUUUUUUUCACCUGGAUAUCAUUCUUACCUGUGGAUGUGCCGUGUAUACCUGUGUAUAUCAGAUAGAUACACUUAUCACCUAUACCUAUAUAUCUGUAUGUUUACGUUUCGUGUGUCGUGACCUGGAAAACACAGUCAUGCAGAGAAGAAAACUGUGCUUCUCUACUCGUGGUCGAAAUACUCGAUUUGUGUGUUAGUACUAGGACGGGCCGGGAGAGGGACAUCCCGUACAAAACGUGUGUGUUCUGUGUCCACUCAAAACUACGGAAUUUGGUACAGGAUUAUCUAACUACAAGGAGACGGAUUAUUUAGAGUUUUCCGUGACUUGAUGUCCGGUAUAGUUCUAUAAUGACCGUACACGGACAGCGGUCAAGUUCUUCGGAAGCGCAUACGCCAUCAGCAUUUACAACAUGCAGCUCUCCCAAUGGAUUCGAGGUUAAUCCAGUCGUUUUCCCUGUUGCUAAGAUGAAUCGCUCCUGGAACGGACUCGUGUUUCAGGUAUCACCUCUACCAAACGGUGGAGUUCCAAACGGGUAUGUAUCUGUUGGGGAAACUCAAAAACGGAAUAUACCCAGGAGUAUUUCCGACCCAUCUGAGAAUGGUCGGAAACAUCCCAUGUUAGAUAUCUCCAGGAAUUGUUCAACAUUGAGCCGAUCACCUCUUACGAAUGGAAUUCGAAAAGAAUUACCUAGGAGUAUUUCAUACCAGGAAAAUUAUCAUGGAAAUGUUCCGAUUCCGGAUAUUUCCAGGAACUCACCAAGUUUAAGUAACUCUUAUUCCUCGGGUCAUUAUCACUCACAGUCAGGAUUAAACGACUCCGGGAGUCUCAACUCGUCCAGGUACCUGGAAAGUGAAGAAGAACCGGAGUAUGUAACUUUGGACAACAGUUAUGUGUUCCCGUCGAGAGUGUCACAGAGUCCUUCAACAUCCCCUUCCAAGCACAACCUCAAUUUUCGGAGAAAUCAACUUAACGGGUCCGGACGUUCAGAAAAUAUCCGGAUUAUAAACAACCAUAUAGCAGCAGAACGUGACCGGAUGGUUGGGAUCCAAUUAAAAGAGAAACAGAAAGCUCGAAACAGCUUAAAGAGAAUCGCGGAAAAUAUUGGUGCAGCUUUGACGCCAAGAGGAGGGUCAAAGCUUGUAAAAGAUGAAGAUUCCGGGUUGACGAUGGGGAGAGCACGGAGUAAAUCUGUGGGGGACCUCAGGGAAUACAAUCAUCGUAAUGAUGAUGAUCUGGGAGAAUACUCUUGUUGCUAUAGUGACGAUGAUGAUGGUGACGAUUUUGGAUUUCUUAGUUACCCUUUUGCUUCUUCCUCUCUUUCCUUAGCUAUGAGCAAGAACAAAUCGCAUUCCCAAACGCACGCGAUUCUACCCAAGAAAUGGCGGAGUAAAACCAAACCUCUCCCAGGGGUAGCGACGUGUAUGUGGAGCCCACAGGAGAACUGUACAUGGUGCAAUGUAAGCGGGCGCAAGGUUGUGCUCAAACCUACCUCAUUACUCCAACUGACAGAAAAGGAAAGGCUUGCGCUGCAGAAAAUAGCUCUCUCAAAACUGCAGGAUAUGGGAUUGGGGUGUAACGUAACAGCACCUAAAGAACCUACGGAAACCCGGCGACACAAGCGGCCUACUUUAUCUUUUGCCAAGGCGCGGAGGGCUCGCUCGGCCAACCUGAGUGCCUUAAUAGACAAGGUCAAGGACAAGGACAAUGACCAUAGUCAAGACAAUGGGUCGUCGGGAAUGGUGUUUGGUAUCCAUCUAGCCAAAUGUAUAGCAAACGAUGCUGAACUUCAAAAACGCAAAAGUGCUGCUUCCUUAAAAGACCGGUCGGAUGACGUCAUUCUACACCGGAGGGGGCCAAGAAAAUCCAGCAGUUCCUCCCAUGAUUCCCUGGACAAUCUUGCGGAAAAUGGAACAUCAAGUUUAUCUCCGGCUGUUAACAGAAGGGCGCCGAGUUCCGACUCCUUGUCCGAGUCCGACUGUAGCCGGAACACCAAUAAUUCUAGUCUUCUAGACGCUUUGUCGCUGUCCACAUCGCGACAAGGGAGUCUGCCAACGGAACACACAGAAUUCACUUCCGGUUCACCACAAGUGCCACAUAUUGUCAACACGUGCUUUAAACAUAUAGAAACGUAUGGGUUACGGGUUUUAGGAAUUUUUAGAGUUGGAUCUUCUAAGAAGAGAGUGAAACAGCUUCGAGAAGAAUUCGACAGCGGAAAGGACGUCAAAUUAAACGAAUCACACAACCCGCAUGAUGUAGGGGCGCUGCUCAAAGAGUACUUCCGGGACUUACCGGAACCGCUCCUCACACGUGACUUGUAUUCUGCUCUUGUUGCAACGAGACGGUUGUCGUCCUUUGAGGAGCAGAUUCUGUCCCUGAAAUAUCUAGUCUACCUACUUCCGGUUCCCAACAGGGACACUUUAUUUGCCCUACUCAGUUUCCUGUCAAACGUGGAUGCUCAUUCCACCGACGCUGUCGACGAGAACAAUGAAGCGUUGCCGGGAAACAAGAUGGAUUCACACAACCUUGCGACGCUGUUUGGACCGAACAUCCUUCACAAAUGUAAGCCAACAGAGAAGGAGUUCCUGGUGGAGAGUAUAGAACGUGCAGAGGAACGCAAGGAGGUGAUAGAUGUGGUCAAGGAAAUGGUGGACAACUACCCGUCUAUAUUCAUGAUACCAGCUGGAAUGUAUGACGAUGUCCUUAGGCAGUUAGUGGAGUCUGAUCCGGAAGUAGCAGACCGUAUAUUUCAGAAGCUCGCCAAUGAUGCAGGUGUGGACGCCGACCCGGACACAACUUCCAGUAGCCUGUUUGAUGAUACGGAGUCUUUACCACAUUCACCCUGCAGUGAGGCGGACAUCCUCAACUCGUCUCAGAGACUGCCAGGAUUGCAUCCGCCAUUACGGACGUCACAAAGUGCCGAGAAUAUGUCUCCCAGAACGAGGCGGAGAUUCUUCUUCUCGAACAACGACAAUGAUAAGACAAGUAGUGAAAAUGCCGAGCGAGAGCGACGGCGGUUCAGAUUACGGUUCGACAGGAGUCCGAGCCCGCGACCUCAGCGAACGCCUAAAGCGAGCAGCUCGGGGGUACCUACAGUGAAAGUGUCGGAUAGCGCAAGCCCGGAAGUGAUACUCAGGCGACCUCGCUCAGAAUACGUAGAAAGACCGUCACAUCUAGAGCGACCGCAUUCAGAAAACCUUAGCAAUUGCCUUGCCAUUCCAAAACCGGAUUACGCGCGACAGAACAGCAGCUGUAGCGUAGGGAGUUUUGUUAAUACCUCAUCCACAAACAGUCCCGUGGGGUCAGACUCACCCUGCCAGUGGUUACUUCCCACACCCCCGGUCUCGGGUUCGAACUCACCCAAGUCCUGCCGCAAGGUGUCGUCCUCGCAGCAGAGACCUCUGGGAAUGUUAAGUGGACACGGAAAUGACGUUAGACAGACGCCGCCAAAAGGUCUCUCUGCAUGGGAGAGAGAAAAAUGGCGGCAGUGGGAAAUUAUGGCGGCGGAAAAUGCGGACGAUUCGUAUGAGAAGGAAACCCUAGUGUGAAUGUGACAACGUUUGUGUGCUAUUUAUUCAUAAUUAUAUAUUGUUUGAUAGUUAAAUAUGUUGACUAAGCAAGUCCUUUUAUACCGAAGCAUAAUGCUAUUUACAUGUCCUCACGGUGUAUCGCUAGGGAGUCCAUCAUCUGUUAUAAUAUUUUAUAUCGUUAUAGAGUCAUACAUGUCAUCUACUGCCGUGAAUGUUUUAGUCUUUGUGACCUAUGUUAACCUCGCAUCACAUUGAUAUUUAACCAGGUUCUGUUUAUGGAAUGAUUGAACAUUGAAAGCGCGAGGCAGAGAGAACAAGAGAGAGGGAGAGAGAGAGAAGGAAGGGUGGAGUGGAGAGCUUGCUUAUUGGUAGUUAUAUGCAAAAUAACAUCACAAGAUGACUAUUUUAUAUCCAUGCAUCUGUGCAAUAUUGUGAUGGAGAUAUUCUAUAUGAGGGCUGUUUUAUCAUCGCUGUAUUUGAAUCAAUAAUGCAUUUACAAUCACGCGGUCUAGGUGUCCAACUAAGACUAUAUCACGGCCAUUACUGACAAUCAGAGUACCUAAAUUAGUGAUGACGUGUUUACGUUAGAAGUGAUGACGUAAUUUACGUUAGCAGUGACGUAGUUCCCUAGACUACAACGUUUCGAAACCAACUACUUACACCAGCGGUAUCCACUGACGAUGUUAUUGUGAAGAGUUUUCACUGCGUCAUACGUUUACGGUUCUUUUAUCUUGAAGCAAAAUCUGGGCGUUUUUAAAAAUCGUGUUAAUUCUGACUAAUGAAAUACAAUUGAUUAGUUAUAUUAAUUUAAAUUUUCAAAUUUUGCAUAUGAAGGAUGACUUUAGUUAUACGCUAUCAAAUAUAAUUAACAUGAAAUUGACAUGGGAUUCAUCAAAUACUGUAUUUGAAAAGAAAUCGUGAUAUCCAAUUUCAUUUCCAUUUGAUUUAUAAUAAGAUUAUUUUUAUUUUCAAUGAUUGUGGACUAAUUUCUUCAUUUUGCGUCAUUCUCAAACGUUUGUAUUUAUAAAUAUUGAUUGAAAGACUUUUAGUUUUGUGAAAUAUGUCCUUCAAAAACUCAUCGUGACAAGUCCUAUUUGAAGUUUGGUUCGAGGCGUUGUGGACAAACAUACACCAAUGGCUAUUCGUGUGAUUGUUUUUAAAAUUGAUAUUUGCUAAGUCAAACACUGUCCUUGAAUCUCUAACGAGCUAAUUUGGAUUAUGUGUCCUAGAGUAGCGAAGAUAAUAUCGCGUGUAUAUUUCUAAUAAACAAGUUAUGUUUUGAUUUUAUUAUCUGGAAACAUUCUCAAAAGUGCUGUAGAGAUGGAUACUAACGAGGACCUUAGUUGUGUAUAUAUCAAUGGUUUCAACCUUUGUUCUGUUGAGGCCGACUCACUGUUGCAAUAUCAAGGAUGGCUUUUCAGUUGUCUUUAGACAAGGAGACAAUGAAUAUUAAAAGAUCAAAAACAAAUA